AUGAAGUUAGAUGUGCUGUCCUUCUCAACCAGCACCCUCAGAUCUUCUCUUCCCGGGCCUCUACUAUCCUUCAUUGAGAAGGUGGCUCCAGGCCGGACAUCAACUCAACUAUCUGUACUGGAACAGCACGGCAGGGAUGAGUCUGGGCGGCCUGCAGUGGCACCCGACCUUGUUGUGUACCCACACUCGACAGAGGAGAUAUCUCAGAUUGUGGCAGCCUGCAACGAAGCCGGUACGGCGGUGGUCCCUUAUGGCAUCGGCACAUCCCUGGAAGGCCAUGUUGCGGCCUUGAGGGGUGGGGUGUCUUUGGACAUGGUGCAGAUGAAUCACAUAUUGGAGGUGAACCAUGAGGACAUGGACUGCCGCGUGCAGGCUGGUGUCACGCACCGGCAGCUGAAUCAGGCACUGCGUUCGCACGGCGCUUUCUUCCCUGUCGAUCCUGGAGCAGAUGCGACCAUCGGGGGCAUGGCCAGCACACGGGCCUCAGGGACCAACGCUGUUAGGUACGGCACGAUGCGUGACGCCGUGAUGGGCCUGACGGUCGUUCUGGCGGAUGGGAGGGUGAUGAGGACGGGAGGCAGGUCGCGGAAGAGCAGCGCGGGGUUUGACCUCACGCGGCUGAUGGUGGGCAGCGAGGGGACACUGGGGGUCGUCACUGAAGUGGCCCUGCGCCUGCAUGGUGUGCCAGAGGCUAUCACCACAGCCGUAUGCGAGUUCAAGGCCAUGAAGGGUGCUGUGGACGCUGUGACAGAAAUAAUCCAGUGCGCCAUACCAAUAGCGCGGAUGGAGCUGCUGGACGAGGUGGCCAUCAACGCUGUAAACGCCUACUCGAAGACCACACUGACUGCAGCUCCGACCGUAUUCUUUGAGUUCCACGGGACAGACUUGGGUGUCGAGGAGCAGGCGAAAUUGGUGGGCGAGAUCGUUGAGGAGCACUCGGGAACAGGUUUCCAAUGGGCUGCCACAGAAGCAGAGCGCGCGAGGCUGUGGAGCGCGCGGCACAGCGCGUAUUGGGCAUGUGUGCAGCUUCGCCCCGGUGCCAAAAUCGUCACGACGGAUGUGUGCGUUCCCGUCUCCAAGUUGGCAGACUGCAUUUUGGGAUCCCAGAGGGAGGCAAGGGACGCAGGUAUCCUGGCACCCCUUGUUGGUCACGUUGGAGAUGGCAACUUCCACAUGAUGCUCCUGAUCGACCCGAAUAGCUCGGACGAGGUUAUGAAGGCCCAGGCGAUGGUUGACAACAUGGUGCACAGAGCUCACAGUCUAGGAGGCACGUGCACAGGGGAGCAUGGCAUUGGUCAGGGCAAGUUGAAGUACCUUGAGGCCGAGCAUGGCCGUGUGCCGCUGGAUGUCAUGCACGCGCUGAAAGCCGCCCUGGAUCCAAACAACAUUUUGAACCCAGGAAAGCUGGGCAGCGAUCCCGACAGCUUCGCUCCGUCGGCUCCACAGUAA